AUGUGCCGAAUUGAAGAGAAGAUCUACAUCGGGUCGGAUGGAAGGAGCAGGACCUUCCAGGACGCGUUCGAUUGCGACAGAGCCCGCCGCCGUGGCAAGCGCUGCUCGAAGCCAGAGAUAAGGACUAGAGAAUACAGGGGCGCGCCACCCAUCGCUCGCGAUGACGCGCCUUCGCCCGCUUCGAACAACCCACCCACACCUACUGGAGUUGGAAGCUACGUUGUCGAAGAACGUAGGCCAUCAGCAAGUGGCGGCCGGCGACCAUCACUGAGGCCUGCUACCGCAGUAAAGCCUGAGAUUAUCAUCCAAAUCGGCUCCACCAAGGGUAGGGAUGCAAAGUACCCACGAACAUAUGUACCCAAGACGUACAAGAGAUCUUCUUUGGGUGCCUCAUCGACUGCUUCCAAUGAAAUCGCCAUUGAUUCGCCAGGCUCAGACGCAUCCUACCCAAUUCGAACUGGCCUUCCAGAUACUCCUGUUCCGCAAACUCCCCCAUUCGGGCAACCACAAGGGUACACCACCAGGCGAGUUGCGCCACAGACACACCGCCACACUGCGUCAGCCUCUUCAGUGACUACGAGCCAAACGCCUUCGCUCUACACGACCUCGGAGACUGAGCCCGAUUCCCCUUUGGGUCGACAGGCGCCGGAGUACCCUCGCACUAUUGUUCACAACUCGCGGGGUGACCCUUCUCCGCCGACCACAACACGAGGGCAGACUGCACAGCCAAGCAGUCACCGUACCCGGCUUGGUGUUCCACAUAGCUCGUCACGGGACACCAGCUCGUCGCGUGAUAACGCAGACGACUACUCAGACUUCGUUGAUCUGUAUACUUCUUCCAAUGCAUCCCAUGCAAGCUCUACCCGUGGUGCCGCGCCCGAAAUCACUGAUCGAGCCAUCGAUCGCGAACGGCUUCGCAAGAAGAAGCAAGAAGAAGAGGAAGAGCGCCGUCUUGACGAGUCACUGUCUCAGGCAGCAAAGCUGGCAGCUGAGCAGGCAAAGAAGGAGGUCAGGUUCGCGGCUCUGGAUACUGGUCGCUAUGAAGAGAGGGACAGGCUUCGAAGGGAGCAAAGCGAGAAAAAAAAAGCCGAGGAACAACGCGAUCGCGAUAGGCAGCGCAAGAGCCAUCCCGAGAAGCACACAGUCAAGGAGUCGGAGAAGCGCGCGACGAAAAGGCCUGACCGUGAGAAGACUCAGCCACCUACGAGCUACAAUCAGAAGCAGCCGAGUGGUGGUAGACGUUCGCGCCGAGGCUCUAUGACGCAGGCAGACUUUGAUGAGCAAGCCCGCCUUCUUCGGCAAGAAGAGUUGCAGAUGUCCCUGGAACGCACGGCCGCAGAACAACGGGAGCAAGAAGAAGCCAUCCAGAAGCGGUAUGCCACGCGACCCCAGCCGCAGACCUCGAACUCCUAUUCCGUUGGGGAUCCUAGGCCUGCUGGUCGACGUCGAAUGAGCAUUGUCGAUCCACCACCGGUCCUGACGCCCGUAGCUACUACCUUCGCGCCGCAGCCCACAUAUGCUGCACGUCCUCCAAGUUCACACACACAAUCCUACACCACGCGUGAGCAGCUUCCUUCAGCACGUUACUCGCCCUCGCAAACCGUCCACCCAUUCGCUCAACCAACCCGGACCUCAAACUCCAGCAUGGAGAACAACCCUUUCGCUGCCCCCUCGACGCGACCUAUCCACCCUUCGAUUCCACCAGUGUCGGUCGUGCACCAGCACCACUAUCCUGCUGUCGCCCCUGCCAACGCAUGGGACACUCAGUCUAUACAGGCUGCUUUGCCGGCGUACCCUCCCGGUCAGACGGCGCAGUACCCCUCUCAAGCGCACAGUCGGGCUCAGCAAGCGACUCGUAACCUGAACCAAAAUUACCAAAUGCCUGAUGAGUGGCGCGGUCCCUGA